GGGCAGACUGCCACAUCUUGCUCUCAUGGAGUGGCUGGUGGGUUUGAACGGCUGACCUUUCGGUUAGCAGUUGAGAGCUUAACCAGUGUGCCGCCAGGGCUCCUAUCCCGUAAUGAGUAACCUCUAAUCAAAAUCUUUGAGAUUUUUUUGUCAAAUGUAUUUUAAUGAUUGUUGUCAAAGAUAUGAUUCAUUUAACAAAAAAAUAGAGUGAACUAGCCAUUAGAAUAUUAUGUAAAAAGCACAGAAACAGAAUAUAGAUGCUAAACAUAUGUAGUCCCUGGGUGGCACAAAAGACUAAGUGCCUGACUACUAGCCAAAAGGUUGGAGGUUCAAAUCUAUCCAGAGGUACCUGGUAAGAUAGGCCUGGAGAUCUGCUUCCAAAAGGUCACAGCCUUGAAAACCCUGUGGAACACAGUUCUGCUCUGCACACAUGGGGUCACCAUGAGUUGGAAUCCACUCAGUGGCAACUAAAAACAACAACAAGCAUAAUAUAUCUUCUUUUUAGUCACAUUUGAUCCAGGCUUAUCUCUUGCUUGUUUAGUUUGAUUGGGGGUGGGGUGAGGAGUUAACAGGAAGUGAGCCUGAACACUUUAAAAAUAGCAAGGCUGUCCAAGUUACAGGUUACUAUGCAAAGUUAGUUUCUUUCAACCCCCAAUUUGGGCUGCAAGAUCUAAAAUCAGAAGUUCUCUUUGAGUACAUUUGGAUAUUACACUUUCACAAUCUUGUGAUUAGUAACUAUAGUUCAGGCCUUGGGUACGUAGCCAUUUCCGUUUUUUCUCAACCAUAUUGCUUAAAAUGAAAAAAGGAAAUCUCAAAUUAACAAACCAAACAAAUAUUGGCACCCAAGCUGACUCCUUCCUUGGCACCCCUAGCUUAAAAUAGACUCCAUGUUUUUCUUUCUAUCUUCUCCUCCUUCAGAGUCAGGCUCAUGUCUUUUGUGAUGACUCCAGUGAACUGUUUGUUAGAAGAUGAUUUUCUUUGAUUUACUCAGUUCUCCUUUUUGUUCCUUUCCUUUGAGCCACUAUUCCACAUUUUAACAUUGCUGGAGAAUUGGGUACAAUGGUGUAUUCACCUUCAUUUCACUUUGUUUUGUCUCCCCAGAUUUUCAAUCCCUUGAACGUAGGGACUGUUAAUAUUAUCUCUGUGCUUACACAGCACCAGGUGGAUUUCUGAACAGCUGUCACAGUUCAAAUCUGAAUAUCAAUGAUGUCCUGGGGAACUACUCAUUGACUCUUGUUGAUGCAUUGGAUACACUUGCAAUAAUGGGAAAUUCAUCCGAGUUCCAGAAAGCAGUCAAGUUAGUGAUCAACACAGUUUCAUUUGACAAAGAUUCCACCGUCCAAGUCUUUGAGGCCACAAUAAGGGUCCUGGGAAGCCUCCUUUCUGCCCACAGAAUAAUAACUGACUCCAAGCAGCCCUUCGGCGACAUGACCAUUAAGGACUAUGAUAAUGAAUUGCUGCACAUGGCUCACGACCUGGCCGUGCGACUCCUCCCUGCCUUUGAAAACACCAAGACAGGCAUCCCGUACCCUCGGGUGAAUCUAAAGACAGGCGUUCCUCCUGACAGCAAUAAUGAGACGUGCACGGCAGGCGCAGGUUCCCUCCUGGUGGAAUUUGGGAUUCUGAGCCGACUGCUGGGGGACUCCACGUUUGAGUGGGUGGCCAGACGAGCUGUGAAAGCCCUGUGGAACCUCCGGAGCAAUGACACAGGAUUAUUAGGCAAUGUUGUAAACAUUCAGACGGGCCGCUGGGUUGGAAAGCAGAGUGGCUUGGGUGCUGGCCUGGACUCCUUCUAUGAAUACCUCUUGAAGUCUUACAUUCUCUUUGGAGAAAAAGAAGACCUAGAAAUGUUUAAUGCUGCAUAUCAGAGUAUUCAGAACUACUUAAGAAGAGGUCGGGAGGCCUGUAACGAAGGAGAAGGAGACCCCCCGCUCUACGUCAAUGUGAACAUGUUUAGUGGGCAGCUGAUGAACACCUGGAUUGACUCUCUGCAGGCUUUCUUUCCUGGACUGCAGGUCCUAAUAGGAGAUGUGGAAGAUGCCAUCUGCCUGCACGCCUUUUACUAUGCCAUAUGGAAACGAUACGGAGCCCUCCCUGAGAGGUAUAACUGGCAGCUACAGGCCCCUGACGUUCUCUUCUACCCACUGAGACCAGAGUUAGUGGAAUCUACAUAUCUCCUCUAUCAGGCAACCAAGAAUCCCUUCUACCUCCAUGUAGGAAUGGAUAUUCUGCAGAGUCUGGAAAAGUACACAAAAGUCAAGUGUGGGUAUGCCACGCUGCAUCACGUUAUAGACAAGUCCAAAGAGGACCGGAUGGAGAGCUUCUUCCUUAGUGAGACCUGCAAAUACUUGUAUCUGCUGUUUGAUGAGGAGAACCCAGUGCACAAAUCUGGAACCAGAUACAUGUUUACAACAGAGGGACACAUUGUAUCUGUGGACAAACUUCUUCGGGAGUCACCCUGGAAGGAAUUCUUUUCUGAAGAGGGCGAGCAGGACCAAGAGGGAAAACCCAUGCACAGGCCCAGGUCUCAUGAAGUAAAAGUCAUCAACUCCAGCUCCAAUGUAAGCUGCUUUUUCCCAGGACGGUUUGCAUGUGGAGGAAGAGAAGUUACUGUGUCAUUCAGAGUACUGACAGAAAUCAAUGGCACACGCAGAUUGGAUCAUUUAAAGAGUGUCAUAGAGUGUUCACAUAGGGGUCGUCAGAGUGUAGGGAAAUCAGCAGGCGUAGCAGGCACCAUUGUCACUCCUAGACCCAAACAGGCUGGUGGAGAGGGUGGUCAUGGUCAUCCCCCUGGAGGGAUGCAGCUGGCUUUAGGGACCUUGCGAGGGAGCCAGCCGAGUAGAUUCUUGCCCCCUCCCCAACACUUCUCAUCUCCUGUGGUGCUUCUUGGCUGUGUCCACCAGAAGCCAGAGGGCAAGGGAGUCUGUUGAUAGAACCCACCAGGUCAGCCUUGGGGGCCGGAGCAGGGAGGAGCAGGGUGGGUGUGGGUCUAGGGGGCCAGCUGGGAGAGAUCCAGCAUAGUCACCCACCAGCAGGAGGGGGGAAAGCAGUCAUCGGUCAUUGUGAUCUUUGAGGAAGAUGCUGCUUGGGGUGCAGCAGGGACCCCGUUUCGUUUAAAACGGCUCCACUGAGCAUGCCUAGAUUUUCCUGAUUAAAAAAAAAGCAACCGAAAACCAGUUGCAGUCGAGUUGACUCUGACUCAUGGAGACUCCAUGUGUGUUAGAGUAAAACUGCUCCAUAGGGUUUUUAGUGGCUGACUUUUUGCACAUAGAUUACCAGGCCUUUCUUGAAAGGUGCCUCUGGGUGGACUUGAACUGCCAACUUUUCAGUUAGCAGCCAGCCCUUAACCACUUGUGGUACCCAGGUACUCUUUAGGUUAUCCUGAUAGGUGGUGGGACAGAUUUGGGAACAUAAGGCCUUGAGUCCCCAGUGGAAGUCCCAGUGGUCAUAUUUAUUUGAAUCAAAUGGAUAGUUUGGAGGUGGGAAUGAGGAAUGGACCCUGAAUCAGUUGAAAUCUCGAAUCUCAUUAUCCCGCAGUACAUUGGGUGCCAUCUCUCUUCUCAGAAAAAAGCCUCAGUGGGCAAAAAGGUCUUCCCACCCACCUGUAAGCCGCCCUGGUUAGGGGACGCACUCUCCUCACUGACUGUGCUUCAGGGCGUUCCUUUCAGUGUCCCAGUGAAGGCCUUUACCUUUAGUGUGUGAUCCCAGUUGACCAGCAGGAGCAGAGAUAGGCCCCAAACUUCCAUUAGGCCACGUAGUGGUGAUUAUGUGAGCAAAGUGUAAUGAGAAGGAGAGGGAAGGAGAAUUGGAGGGAGAACUAUUGACCAAUACUAACACUUACAGCGCCUACCAUCUGCCAGGCUCUGUUCUCAGUGCUGCUCAUUAACUCAUUUGCUUCCCACAGCAGCCCUGUGAGGCUCCGAUACUUUAAAUGUCCCCAUUUUACAGAUGAAAGGGAGGCAGAGAGGUUAGGCUCACAGGGUGGAGUGCAUGGUGGAGGAGUCAGGCAGCGUGUUACCCAUUUCUGGAAGGUGGCAUCUUAUCUACUAGACCUGGUCCCACUGGGCCGGCACUGGGGACACAGGUGGGAGGGGGGCUUCCGAGUCUCGAGAGGACUGCGUGAAGUGCUGCUGAAACACAGGGGUAAAGAUCAAUCUGCCAGAGAAAACCGAGGAGGGAGGGACUCACUGAGGAGGUUUCUUUCAGUAGAUCCUAGACGGAUGGGGCGGAGCUUCCUGGGAAGGGAUUUUCAGGCAGAAGGAACAGCACCUACAAAGGCAUGAAGGCAUGGGUGGGGGGAGCUGCUGGGACCAACUGAAGGACCUCUCAGAUUUGAUCUUGGCAAAGGACGAGGAGCACUGAACAGUGCUGCUUUGGGGCAGGAGCUUGUAAUGAACGUAUGUGGACAGCUGUUUCCAGGGACAAUACCUCUGGUUCUGAAGACCCAUGUGUCCUUGGAGGAAAAAGCCUUAAUUAAAAAACACAGCCCUCUUAGGCGUUUAGAUUUUUGUGGUGGAUGAGAAGAAUCCAUAAUCUCAGAAAACCACAGUAUUUUCAAAUAGUAUUUGAAGUUCUUGGUGGAUUAAGGACCCAGCUUUUAGUCCUGGCCACGACGUACUUGCUGGGGCUGUUUUUCAGCCUUUCUGGUAUCCUUUUUUUUUUUUUAACCUAUCAAGGUAUUAAGUUAGGUGGGUGGUCCUCAACUAGGGUGAUUUUGCUUCUCAGGGGACAUUGAGCAGUAUCUGGAGACAUCUUUGGUUGUCACAGCUUGAGGGGGAGGGUUUGCUACUGGUGUCUAGUUGAGUGGAGAUCAGGGAUGCUGCUAAGCAACCUACAGUGCACAGGCCAGGCCUCGUCACAAAGAAUUAUCCCGCCUCGAACAUCGACAGUGCCCAGGUUGAGAAACCCUGGGUUAGGCCGUCCUUCCACAUUUCCUGAGGGCUUUGAAUUUAAAAUUCACAUUUCCCCUCCUUUUUUCCUUUCUAGUGCAAUCGUGUUCCUGAUGAGAGGAGAUACUCCUUGCCCCUAAAGAGCAUCUAUAUGCGGCAGAUUGACCAGAUGGUUGGCUUGAUUUGAUCUGCUGUCCUCUGGAUGGAUAGGCAUCGACGAAAUGACCCCACACCAUGCCGAAAUCUAGUCUAAAGUGGAAGGAAGAGGACAGACGUCUGGCCAUCCAUGAUGGUGUAGGGAUUUCUGUCUAGCUGCUUACCCACAUACCAUUAGUUCUUGCAUACCUUAGUGUUUCUCUUCUAUUCAGUAAAAUGCCCCUAUUUUUUUGAGGUUAUAAUUGGAAAUGUGAAGGUACCUGCAGAGUAACUUCUUAUGAAAUGCUGUUGUUAUUAAGCACAAUUGAUGGGGCAUCUUUGGAUUGAUUUUCACAGCUUAAUACUUUAGAAUCCAAGUCUCUUCCCUUUGCCGGCACUUGCCAUGUCUGCAGUAUUGCUACCUCUGUUAGGGGAUUGUCAAUGAACUUUCUCUGAAAAAGAGGCCUGAGGUUUCCUUGGCAUCCCUUUCUAUUGCAUUUAAAAUGUCGUCCUGUCUCUCACUGGAUAGUUGGGCUCUCCCCCAGAUAACCAACCAAUUUUUGAUCGCAUGGGGGAAAAGUUCAUGCAGUGAUUCAUUUGCACCCCAAGGAAUCUUCACAGUGUUACGGAUUCUUUGCUUAAGAAUAACGGUCUCAUCAGAAUUCUCGCUGGCAGUCCCCUAAGGUCUCACAUCACGGGGUUAAGACGUUAACCGGUGGGUCAUUUGAACGGCAUCUUGCAUUUAUUUUGGGCAUGAACUUACCUGAGGAACUUCCGUAGUUCCAGAACCAGGUGACUUUUCGGGAGAGAAACAUACCUAAGAUUGUCUGAGCCUUCGUCUGUCUAGUACUUACUAACCAAGGAUUCUCAGUUCUGACCGUGUUGAGGUUAGAAGUUUGUUUUGUUUUUGUUUCAAGUGUCUAGUGCCAAUUUGCUGAGUCGGAGAAAACCAUGGCCGGGACUUUCUGGCGUCCCUCGAGCUGUUCUCUGAUACGGCGUUACACUAGUGCCUUAGACUAGCUUUGGUGUGGGUCACUGGGUGUGAGAGCUGCUGCUGUGGUUUCCGUGGGCUUGUUUUUUAUCACCACAUGGUGGGACCACAGUAAAGUGGGGAUGGAACCGAGUGUUGGUCAGGAAGGUUCCCGCAAAUGGCUUGGCCAGUCUUCACCUUUAACCUGGUGUUUUAAACAAGCAUAGACAAGGAUGAAGUUGUGCUAAAAUGCCUUCUUUUUUACUACUUCCUUAGCCAGAACAGAAGUAUCUCUCUUUGCGCUUAAGCCGAGUGCCCCAUACAAAGCAGACUUGGCGUUUGAACCUCCUAGUCUGGCUUCUGUGGAGCAUCAGAAGUGGGAAUGCAUUCCCACAGAAACACCCCAGCCUCACACACAGUGUUUCUCACCUGCCGCUGUUUCCCUGCUUCAGAUGAUUUCAUUUUAGUCUGAAAGCUAGAAAUAUGUGCUGUCUAAGCCACUGCACUUUCAAUCAAAAGGGAAAAAUUUUUAUUCCUUCUUGGAAAUUUAAGGGUUACUCUUUUUUAAAGUAGAUGUAUAGUAAUUCAGUUCUUUGAGAUUUUUUUAAAAGGGAAUUUUUCAGUAAUGUAUGUGUGACCCCUAACUUUUAAAUGUUUACUAUGCAAAUUGUUUUAAAAUGCUUCUGUUUUACCAUUUUUGUUCAUUUUAAAAGCAUAAUUCUCUUUUUCAACAGUGUCUCAUCUACUGAAUAGGAAUUUCCUUUGAGAAUGCUAUAUAUAUUUUAAAAGGCUUUCCUUUCAAACCAAAGUGUCCCAUUUUAAAUACCCACACCCACCCUCCUGUAUAUUUUUCUCUGGGAUAAGUGAGGUGAUGCAAUUAGGGACACAUUUGGAGGGACACCUGGGAAAGAGCACGUCCAUUUUCUCUUUAGGUGCCCUCCCUGCUGACCUCCCCAGCUUCUGUGGCAGCAGUGACAUGUAAUGGCUGCGACAUUCCCCAUCUCAUCCGGGCCCUUUACCUGCUGCUUCCGAGGGGGUGUGGGUGUUUCCCUCUAGGCUUCUGGAAUAGGGCUCUGUGCCUGGCAGCUCCGUCGCGCUUCGAGUGCCAUGAAUGUUUUUCCCGGGCUCCAGGCUGACGUGAGACAUGUGUUAAGUCCCAAGCCUUCUUGUCUUCCUGGCACCGGCCCUGUACACAGUGGUGUGGGUGAGGGGGAGUGAGUUACUGCAUGCUGUCCUGGUGUUUGAGCUUCCAGACUAUACGGUCUAAAGUUGGACGCUACGUAGUCGGUGCUUUGUGGGGUGAGAUGCCAGAAUGCCGUCUAGUGCCAGUCAUAAAAAGAAGGUUCCUUGAGCCAAGCUUAAAGUGUACUUGUUUUCUUUUUGAAAAUCAGAAUAUUCACAACUGUGAUAUAUCCUGCAAGGCUUUUGCUUUUCCUUCUCUUAUGUGCGCUGAAGCAUCAGGGAGGGGAGGACUUCGGAGGGGGCUGUCAGGGAAAUCUGUUGCUCAGCAAUUUGCCCCAGGAGCCCGUGAAUCUGAGUGGGCAUCAUCUUUUGGAACAGCUAUGAGCUUGAACCAUCCUUGUAUUUCCAUGUGUAGCUAGCAUCCGGUGUCAACUUUGUCUACACAAUGAAAAUGGUUUUGCAAAACCAUUGUAGACAACUGCCUUCUGGUCAGGCUUGGUGGAGUCUGAUUCUUCCGCUGCAGAGUUCUAAAUACAGGGCAUGCAGAGCUACCUGAGGUGACGAGACUGAGGAACUGGAUUCCCCUGUAAGAGUAGGUGACAAGGGAAGUGUUUGCUAGCUUGCUGGCUGUGCCGGCUUUUGUGAAAAACCAGCUUCCACUUUCAAGCCUUUCCUUCAGUUUGCUCCUGCUCUUCUGCCGGAGCUUGCUCUGUGCGACUGAAUCCCCAGGUUCUGAGGAUGCACUGGGCACUUCUUGUCCUGGAUUGGGGAGCGUGCACAUGUCACUUAAAUAGUUUUCCAUGUAUGUAAAGACAAAUGCACCAGGGUAGUGUCUGGGUAGGUGAGUGUCAGAGGAGAGUUUAGAGUUACCUGGCUUGGCAGGCGCAGUUGUGCAGUCUGGAUUGAGGACUUCAACUUGAUUCCUCCCCCACGUUCCCCCCCGCCCCCCAAUAAAACUGUCCCUCUUACGUAUUCUUUUGGGCUCGGUUUACUGAAUGAUUGCAUACUGCAAUUCUUCGCAUUGGAUUUUGUAGACUUGACGUCAGAGAUUCGUUUCUUCUUCCUGGGGCAGCAGAGGUCUUUCUUUUGACGCUUUCAGAUUCAGUGCAGGUUUAGGGGUGGGGCUGAAUGAUUCCCGCAGCCAGAGUGGCAGAGCAGGGACUUCAAAAAAAGUCUUGUUCUUUCCUUUUCCACUCCUGGACAUCCAGCUCCCACAAUGUGCCUCUUCCCUGCAGGGCAGGGAUCCCUUGGAAACGUGAAAAGGUGGGUGGGGGUGGGGGCGGCUAGCUGCGUUUCCCCAGGUCCAGCAGGGCUCAGGGUUUUGCUCCCCUUUGAAUGUGGCUGUGAAUCUGGUGAAUGUGUCAAGUACCUGUGGGCCUUCCUGACUCCUCACCCUCUCGUCCCUCUUUCUGAGAGGCAGAGGGAUAACGUUUUUAAAGGCUAUUUUGGUUUAGUUUUAAAUAGUAAAACACAAGCCGCCUUUUUAUUUAUUAUGCACAAGAAAGGUAAAUCUGUUUUUAUGAAAACAAUCUAGAGUUGGAUACUCUGGGAAAACUUAUUGAGAUACUCAGUGCUUCUCUCUGUAAUGUGCAAUAUGCUUUGCAACUAUAGAUGAUAUUUUAUGUUUAAUCUGUAAAUAAGAAAUGUAUUUAAAUUAAAGGGGAGCUUUUUGUAAAAGGACCAAAUGUUCUUUUAUAACCGUACUAAGGAAUAUCUUGCUGUUUGAAAUUUAUUAGGAUUUUUAUGAGUACUUUUAUUAAAAGAUUGGUUUUUUUU